CGCUCGUUUCGAGCGUCCACCAGCCCAACAUGACCUUCCAAGCAUGUGUAUAAACUACAAAGCUCAUUUUCUCUCGGCCUCUCUCACUCACCCCACCACCCCACCACCCCUCCCACAUCCCACACCAUUCACAAUACCACACCAUUCACCGCACCACAGCACACCAUUCACCACACUAGUCUUCACACCACCAUGCUAACCAUCCCCUGCAACUGCUCCGACGUCAGCACACGGUGCAAGUUCCUACGUCGCCGGGGCUGCCCCACAGAUCCAGAAGCGGGAGAAACGAUGUCGCCGUGCAACCACUGGAUCCACGGGAAGUGUCUGGCGGAGUGGGCGCUCAAGAUGCGCUACGAGGGGUCCGAUAAGUGGAUCCGCCCGUGCGGCUGCAUAUGUCCGCUCGGCUCCACGGGCCUCUCGUGGUGGUUGUGGGAGCGCUUUGGGUAUCUCGUAGAUACUGAGUUGCAAAAGCCGACGAAGGAGAUGCUAGAGGAGUCGAAGCGACGGAGGGAAAAGAAGGUGGACGAGAAGGAGGGAUGGGGGAGUAGCAUCGGCCAGUAUACGAGACGGACCCUCAAGCUCGUUGAGAUAUGCAACGGUCGUACCGGCAACCUGAAUACAUUAGCCAGAACCUUCGCUCGCGGACUGGAGGACCACAGUACCUAUUCGGAGACUCUUGAGCACCUCGGUAGCCUGGACUCUGCAGGGCAGGGAGAGGAUGUGGUGUAUAAGGUGGUCUUGGACGUCAAGCAGAUCGAUAAAGAUGACCGAGACGUUCCCCCGGGUUAUGAUUACAAUACUGACACAAUUGAGAUGGUGGAGAGAUUUGCGAUGAAGAAGAAGGUGGAAGAAGCUCAGAAGGAUGAGCCGAAGGCACUGGCCUUAGAUAUGGAGAAGAUGAUGGAGAAGAUGAUGGAGCAGAGGACGAAGGAGACCAAACUGCUAAGUCCGCUCCUCCAUCAGCGAGUCCCACGCAAGUCCGGAAAAGUCCCAAUCAGGCCCGCAAGGGUCCCGCAAGGGUCCCGCUCCUUCGGCAGCUGGUCUCACUCAGGUCUGACCAAGUCCCGCUAGAUCGAUCAUCUGUGCAUACCGGGCAAAGCCCGCGUCCAAGCCGCCUCUGCUCCGUGGGGCGCCGCAUCGGACUGGUCGGUACCGGGGGGUUUUUUCACCUGGACUAGCCAGCGCGGACAGGAAACGGAGGUCGUGGGUUCGCCAUAGUCUAGAUAGGCUGCAUGCGAAAUAAAACAGGAAGAUCUCUCUCUCUCUCCCGCCUCUGCUCCCACGCCCCUUAAUAGUAACCCCAGG